AGCUGUGCCCAAUCACAGCUGAUCACAUGUAAACAUGGAAAUGCCGGUUAUCGGCAUUUCUCUCCUCUCGAGCUGUCAUGCUGACAGCUCGAGAGGAGAGCCGGGGACAUGUACGCUGAUCAUCAGGGCACUGAUGAUCAGUGUGGCCCCAGAAGUGCCACGUGCCAGUGCCCAUCAGUGCCACAUAUCAGUGCCCAUCUGAGCUGCCUUUCAAUGUCACCCAUCAGUGCCACCUAUCAGUGCCAGUCAGUGCCGCCUAUCAGUGCCAGUCAGUGCUGCCUAUCAGUGCCACCUAUCAGUGCCAGUCAGUGCUGCCUAUCAGUGCCAUAUAUCAGUGUCAUGUAUCAGUGCUGCCUUUCAGUGCCCAUCAGUGAUGCCUGUCAAUGCUCAUCAGUGCAACCUACCAACCUACCAGUGCCUCCUCCUCAUCAGUGCCCAUCACUGCAGCCUCAUUAGCGCACAUCAGUGAAGGAGAAAAAUCACUUAUUUACAAAAUUGUAUAACAAAAACUAAGAAAAAACAUUUUUUUUUUAAAUUUUCAGUGGUUUUUGGUUUGUUUAAGAAAAAAUAA